ACCAUAAAACGCGAUUAGAAGAGAGUGUGUAAAUAGUGAUAAAGUCAAACAUGUCAACUAAAAAAAACUCGAGUAAUAUUAUAAUAGUACUAAUUGAAACGAUUCCCAUAAAUAUGUUUAUCCUUGCAUAUAUAAUGCACAAAAGAGAAGUGAAAAUAGCGUUAAACUCGUUCGUGUAAUAAGAAUAUAAAAGGAAAGCAGGGCACACUCAGUAACAAACCAAGCCACAAGUAGAUUUCCCGCCAAUUUAUAACAAACCCACUUUAAGAAUCUUCUUCACUCUUCCUCUUCAACAGCAACCUCCAUUUCCCAAAAACCAGAGACCUCAAAAACACUCAACAAUGGCGUUCACCUCCAUCACCAUUUUCUCUCUCCUCACUUUCUCUCUCCUCAUUCCUCACCUCACCGCCAUCUCCGACGAAUCCAUCAACAACGCCGCCGAAAUCCUCUCAGACUCCGGCUUCAAUUCCAUGUCUCUAAUCCUCCCUUUCAUCUCUCAACCCCUCAUUUCCUCCCUCUCUUCCGCCACCCUCUUCACUCCCUCCGACUCCUCCUUCUCUCUCUCUAACUCCGGCCAACCCUCUCUCUCUCUCCUCCAAUUCCAUUUUUGCCCUCGCUUCUACUCCUUCGUUGACCUUCAAUCUCUCUCUUAUGGAACCCAACUCAAUACUCUCCUCCCUAACAGCUCUCUCUCCAUUACUUCCUCUGAUUUUGAUGAAGAUGUCGCCAUUAAUGGCGUCAAGCUCAACAGCUCCCCUGUUUUCGAUGAUGGGUUCUUCAUCAUCUUCCAAAUCGACCGUUUCUUCAACCCCAAUCUCACUGUGGGAUCUACCACUGAGUUGGGUACUCCGAGUCUGAGUCCGAUUCCGAGUCCUCCUGAGUGUGCCGCCUUAUCGCCUCGCUCCGGUAAGUACCGCGACGCUUCGGCUUCUUUAAGGUCUAGAGGGUACUCAUUAAUGGCGGCGUUUCUUGAUAUGCAAUUGACCCAAUUCGACAACAAUAACGACAAAUCGUUAACACUGUUUGCACCAACAGAUGCUUCAAUGGAAGGGCAUUUUGGGAAAAAUAAUUACAGUGAAUGGGGGUCGAUUUUUCUGAGGCAUACAGUUGGGUGUGAGCUGAGUUGGGGUGAUUUGAUUGGUCAAUUAGAUCAAGGGUUUGUGAUUCCAACUUUCUUGAACGGAUUUCAGAUUAAUGUUAGUCGGAGUAAUGUCUAUAAUUCUGCGUAUUCUUUGAUGAUUAAUGGUCAAGUUUCUGUUGAUUUUCCUGAAUUUUAUCGUAAUCAUGGGAUUGUUGUUCAUGGAUUAAGUGGUGUUCUGGUUUCCCCUGCUGUUAAUGAGGAGAGAGAAGAUGCUUAUUCCCCUGCUAAUGCCUUCAAGGUUGAUGCUGAUCAUAUCGAGUUUUGA